ACAAAUAGAGGAAAGACAACUCUCUCCUGACAGUCUUUGGGGUUUAUUCAAGCCUUUUGUAACACUGAUGCAGUUUUUCUCAUGCAACCAAGCCAUGAAGAUUGCUCACCUGUUUUUGGUCGCUGUGUCUUUCCUACUCCUGGCUUCUUCAGGAUUUGCCUUCAUACCGCGGAAGACCCGGGAAUGCUAUAUAGCUGGAGGAGUUUGCCGUUUUUUCAAGUGUUCCUUUCCCUUGAAGCAGUAUGGAAAAUGUGGCCUAAUCCGGAAAUGCUGCAUCAGCGCCCGAGUCUAAGAGAUGAACCUGAUGAUCAGCAGUUCACUCAGGAUCUUUUGAAAUAAAAAAGACCAUUCUGCUGAUUGACAGUCAAUGAAACAUGUCUGUGUGGUUGAUCUGCACAUGCAGAUGUCAUCCAUUUCUAAAGCCAGUAAAGGAAAAAGAAGAAAGACAUAUGCCAUUUUCAAUGCUUUGUAUGAGUUUUAGCUUUUGAAUUAAAACAUGCUG